AUGGUUGAAGAGAAACAAAACGUCACUAUCGCCUGCACUGCUACUGGUCAGCCGAAACCCAAAAUCACGUGGUCCAAGUCAGUUAACAAACUGCCCAAAGACAGAAACAAAGUGGUGAAUGGAGCCCUCACAAUCUAUCAUGCAGUAAAAAAGGACGGUGGAACAUACAUUUGUAAAGCAGACAAUACUCUUAGUUCAGCAACAGAUACGGCUCAACUCAUGGUUUUCUCGCCUCUACGGUUUAAAGUCAAACCUCCCAAAGAAGUGCACACUGCAAUUGGAUACACUGUCCAUCUACCGUGUAUGGCCGAGAGUGACCUGAGACCUGUAAUUUCUUGGUCAAAGGAUGGCUCUAUACUUCCUGUUGGUUCGAGGAUUCUUAAAAAUAACACUCUCGUACUAAACAGCAUCAAAAAAUCACACAAAGGAUCUUAUACCUGCAGAGCAACUAAUGCCCUCAAAACGAUAGAAACAGAGGUUAAAAUCAAUUCUCCAGUGAGGGCUACUUCCUGUUCUGUUAUUAAAAAGAACGUCAGCAGUGUGAGCGGAAAUUACGUCAUUGAUCCAGAUGGCGAAGGAGGUCUGGCACCAUUUCCUGUUUAUUGUGAUAUGACAACUAAACAUGGAAUUGGCGUAACAGUCAUAAGUCACGACAGUGAAAGCAGAACAUCCGUGAAAGGAUAUGAAUCUCCGGGUACUUAUUUACGAGAUGUUCGUUACGCAAAAGUGAGCCUCUCUCAGCUGGCAAGUCUCACCAGAGUCUCAUCGCAUUGUGAACAGUUUAUCAAGUACGAGUGUUACGGUUCACUUUUGCAUCACAAAAACAAUAAAUUUGGAUGGUGGGUGUCACGUGAUUCUACUAAGAUGACGUACUGGGGCGGAGCAUCUGACAAUGGUAAGUGCGCAUGCGGGAUGACUAACUCGUGUGCAUAUCCCAGUUAUGGCUGUAACUGUGACAAGAAUGACUAUGUAUGGCGUGAAGACAGCGGUCUCCUCACUGACAAGACCAAGCUUCCUGUAAUACAACUCAGGUUUGGCGAUACUGGCGACGGGCCCGAACAAGGUUACCAUACACUUGGAAAACUUAAGUGCUCUGGGACAGUAUAGAUAGAUGCUAGUUGUUGUGAUUGCCUUGGAUGCACUAUUCGCACGAAAUCGCAUGCGCGAAUAAUAAGGUGGUAUAAGGACCUGAACAAACGCUAAUAGUUUCAUAAAGAAAUCUGCAGACUAACAGCCAUGUUUUACAUAUACAGUAAAUACAAUAAAUACCCGGUCGCAAUUCCGUAGGUUUGCUCUUCUCGCUUUUUUUGCUGAUAUUUAUGGUAAACAAACUGUCAUGUUUUAACAUAUUCAUAAAACGCUAAAUUCUUUCCACGAGAAUUAACACCAACCGAAAAUCGAGACAUGGCACUGAUAACCCUGUCUUUUUUCCUAGUACUGAAGUAUGGAUAUCAUUGUUUAAACCUGCGUUCGAAAGUCUUGCAGGUCGUGUUAGAAAGUAGUAAGCAAUAGUUUAAUACACUCUUUUUUUUUCUAUAAGAAUAUAUUUUAUAAGAAUAUCGAGGCUGAAAUUUGCAAAAUCUUAAGAAUACUUUAAGAAUAAACUCCAGGCUGAGAUUUUGAAAAGGAUAUAAUUUCGUGUGGUGAAAAUCUGUAAAUACAAUACAAAUAUACCUUCUCAAUUUAUUCCUUUCUUUAAACGACAAAACUAGCUAACUAUAUUUAACAAACCUAUAUUGAUACCUUAAUAUAUUCUAAUUCGGAAAUGUCAUAAGCUAUUAUUAAGAAUAAUACAAGAAUAUUUACAGCCUAAAAUCGGCAGGAAAAUAAGAAUAUUCAGCCUGGCCCUGGAAAACAACAUUCUUAUAAAAAAAAAAGAGUGUAAACAUUUUUUACGUAAAUUGAAAAAUACUGUCACUGUUAUUCACGGCUGCUACUACCGGGGCUGAGCGCAUGUGUGAGUUUCUGACUAUUAUUGUGUGAAUGCUUUCGUGGAAAGAUAUUUUUUACUCUUGUUUGUUAUUCACAUAGAGGUAUCAAGCCAAUCAAAACAAGAACGCUCACAGCCUAGACCGAAUGACCAUUUAUCUGUCUUAAAAUAAACACCUCACCAAAAGAUUUGGAGGUCCCAUGCAUAAAGAUAAAAGGUGUUAAAGUUAAGCUCUGUUUAAUCUCCACUUUUAAUGUGCAAUUUAUAAAGUUUAAAUACUUUUGCAUUAAAAGCGAUCCAAAAUUUCAUUGUGUGUUGGUUAAGCGACUUGUGGCGUGAAAAUAGGCAGAAGAGAAGCUUAUUAAAACCUUUGAAUGCAGAGGUCCACUUAACGCGUAAAUAAAACCGACUGGUUCUUUCUUGUCGGAUCUCUAAUCUAGAGAUGCUGAUGCCAGAGGUCACUUGAAGUAAGAAUUUUAAAAAAACUGAAUGCAAGGCUGGCAAUACGACAAAGGGGUGAUUUAUUUCAGGCCAAUAUUUCGGCUAACAAAAUUAGCCUUCUUCAGGGCCACAGCUUGUUAUAUUUUGUAUUUUUAAGAUCCUUUGAGGUCAAAAACAUAACUUUUUCAAAUCAGGUGUGGGCUUUCCGUCAUUCCUCAAUGCAAAAGUCUUCAUACUCAAGCACCGCUACGCCACGCGCACCACGUGACCCUGUAGGAAUAUGGCAGCACGGAGGAAUGAGGUCUAAGGGAUUUACCAACGCUGGGUAAAUGCAAGACAAAACUAAACAAAAUGAGCGGAAGGUAAUGGGUACGUGAGCUUUAGGAGUUGUAAAGCCGCGUCUGUCACGUCUGUAACCUACUUUUUCUAAUAUCUUCCUCAGAAAAGACAAGCAAACAGAAAGACAAGCUUUCAAGUGUAUGUGUUGUAGGUUAUAUCCGUUCUCAGGUUAAAUCACAAUUUUUGUCUCCUAUGAAUAAUUAGGGCCUAGAAACAAAAAGAAAAUACUGACGAAAAUUCGGUUGAAUCCUUGUCAAAAAUGAGAACAGAGUUUACCUACAACAUAAACCUGUGGUUAGUUUCUUUACAUCUUUAGGCAAGAGCAAAUCCAUGGACUAAGAGAGGCAUUGGGGUUUCGCUGGGUAGAUAUUGCAAGGAUGCUAGAAAUGUCUCCGAGGACACUUAGUCGGCAGAGGUAAGAAUUUGGUAUGCCACUCGGUCAACAGCAUAAUUUUUCCUCCUGGUUCGACACCUGGACAAUAUUGUGAGAAGCAUUCUCUCAGUUACUCCACUGUGAAUUCUACGUAAUACUUGACUUUUCUGUAUUGCCUUCAUAAUGAAAGUCACUGUUUACUGUUGCAAGUGAUUGUAAUCUGGAGUUCAUUAUCUGUAUUAAAAGUUCCAAAUCCUGAGUAAGUUGAUUCUGCUGCAGUAGUCCUGGGCUGACUCCGUAACUCGACCAUGCAUCACCCGCAAAUUGCGUUUAUAUUCCUCUAGACGCCUUGCAAGAAAUUCUGCGUGCCCCUCAUCGGUAUUUUCUUUCACACAGUCUUCGCAGUGCUGCAAAAGUGAGAUCAAACCUUCGAAAAAUUCAUUUACAUUUGGAAUAUAGAAACGAUUAGAAGCCAUCUUGAAUUCCAACUUGUGUUUUCGUUUUAAUUACCUCUCGGAAACAGAAAUGAUCAAAGACUGUCGUCUAUUUUCUUGAUUUAAAGAACAAGCAUCUUGAUUUACAAAAAUUAUCUCUUGAUACAUGACAAGAAACACGCGGGAAUUAAAAUUAAAUUCUAUAAUCUUGACACAUUCAAAAAGCAAGUUGAUGCUAAUUGUAUCGAUCUUGAUAGUGAAUUUGUGGAUUUGAAUUAUAAAGUUGCAUCUUUGAUAUUUUGUCACUUUUGGCGUAGCAUAGAUGCCCAUUAAUAUUUACAAACAAAUUCAUGAUACCAAACGGGUUUUAAACGUUUGUAAUCGAAAGAUUCUACAUCUAUACUGCCUUGACGGAAAAAAUUACAAUUAAUUCUCCAAAACCUACCCUGCCGUUUACAGUAAAAAACCUUAGGCACUAAAUCGAAAUUUUUUCUACAUAUUUUCAUGUGAAUAUUUCAUUCAUUGUCCAUUUCUCUUUCUAAGCUAGGUUUUGCAAAUGACUCACACUCGCAAUGCAAGAAAAAUCUAAAAACGGACAGCUAGUAAAAAAAUAACGAAAGCUCCGGAUUUCUCUAAUGGGCCUCUUCCGAGUUCGUAAAACUGUUAUUUUUAGAACGAGGCUACGUGCAAAACCCUUUCUUGUGAAAAUGAGUUAUAUUUGCAUGAGAAUAAAGGAACAUUUUCAUAUCAAUGGCUUCGCACUUAGCCUCGCUUUGAAACAGAGGCUUGGAGCAACUCAGAAAUGGCCCCAUUGCAAGGACGAUCACAUCCACGGAGUCCAGGCCCCAUUCUCCUUUGCUACUUGUCGCGCUUUCGGGUCACCUGGUUUAUUAGCAGGAGGUAACGCACCACUCAUGUAAGACUGCACUCGAUCUUGGAACUUCUUUACCAUAUCCGGGAACUUUUUGCUGAGGUCGUACUUCUCAUAUGGGUCAGCGGUGAUAUUGUAGAGGGCUACAUCAACAAGGGGAACUGGAGGCUAAAAAACAUAUAAAAGUCUUGGUACUAAACGUAGCAAAGAAAAAUAUUAGAUUCUACAGCUUGACUCUUAACAAAACAACAAACACAUUUUCCACAUUAGUAGCAGAAAUAGUGGACAUCAUUAUAUUAGUUACUUUUUACCACCCAGGCGAGCAAUUCAAAUGUACGAGCGCUUUGAACAAGCUCCGAAUAAAGGAAGAGAGGGUCUCAUUUGGCCCAUCAGCGUCGAUAAGACUCAUUCGCGCAACUUCAUAGCUCUAAAAUGACAAAUCCACGGACUGAAUAAACUGCAACUCAGUCCGUAUUCAGUUUCAGCGAAAACGGACGUAAUAAAGGAACUGAAAAAUUGAAAAUAAGCUAGGAGAAUGAGUCUGAGCAUGUCUUACUUUGUGACCAGUCUCACUUGUGGAAGAUUUCAGAGGAUCGAGUGGAAACUUGGGAACGAGGUUUUGAAAGCGAAAGGCACCGUGGGAAGAUUUCGUUGACCCUUUCCAUGGCCCGUCUGUUUUUCGUUUUAUUUUGUUUGUUUGUCUGUUUGUUUUGAGGGGAAACAGAGAGAACUGCAAGCAAGCAACCUGGAAGCAAAUAUUGGCCACAAAGAAUACCCGAGGGGACUCCAAAUGAAAGCUGUGUAUAAACAUAUCACACUACGUAAGGGAAUCCGGAUUCUGAAAUGUAGGAAAAUUUUUGCCUUGGAAUCCGAAAUCCUGAGCGUUGGAAUCUGGAAUUUACCUUAAGGAGUCCGGAAUCCCGCUAACAAUCCGCCGAACCGUACCUAAAAAGAUGGCGACUGGUACAUUUACCCACAGUUCUUAGCGCAUGAAAACCAUAAAAUUGAUCAUAAAAACGCACAGAAAAGUUUUAUAAACUUCAAACCUAGGACAGGCAAUGUUGCUAUUACAGGGACAAAUUUCGCCUCCCCCCCCCCCCAAAAAAAAAUAUGACUUUAUGUGUAAUUGGCCGUGUUAGGUUCGAAAGGAAUUGUGGUAAAAUGUACAGCCGCCAUCUUUUUCCGUAGGGCGGAUUGGAAUCUAGAAUCCAAGUUCUAGUACAUGGAAUCCGGAAUCCUCGACAUUGAGUCCAGAAUCCAAGAAUGUCUUGGACUCCCGGCCCUUACAUGGGGCGAUACAUAACAUAGCCAGUGCACAAAGGACUAAUAUAUCUUCAAGAACUAACUUACACCUUCAAACUCGUACAAAUACACUUCAUUUCCUUGAGAAGAAUUCCGUUCUUCGGGUGGUAUGAAGUAAGAGAUGUUAGGGACCCCCAUGAGAAGUUUCAUGUCUCCAACACGAAGACCAAUUCCUUGAUAUGCAAAGUCUAACUGGUGUGGAACAGAAGGAGUGUCUACGUUAUGAAGAAUCUCUGUGCGAGGUGAAGGCUCACCAUUAGAAAUUGCCUUCCAUACGUCGUGACCAUCAAGGGCAGCGAGUUCCUCCUGAUCCAAUUGCCCACCUAAAAUAUAUUAUACCCGACAGACAAGUGAGUUUGUUUACAUGAGAUGUUAACCUUUUAAAAAUAUAAAACUGUUCUAGUGAGGCCUUAAACUGCUGUUUAAAAAGUAAAAUCCAAAAUCCAAGCUUUCACUGAUCAACGGCAUCAUCAGGGAUGAGAAAACAUUCCGCGCGCGCUAUAUAUAUAUGCAAAGAAAGUGUGGGGUGAAAUGUGUAACAGAUGUGACGUGUGUAUGAAAGCUAUAGGAAUAAACUGUGAAUGGAAUACAACGCUCUCAUGAUGGAAUGUCUCUAAACAAAGCACCUCUAAGAUAAAACCGAGAAGACCUGAUGGGCUCCUGGGUCAAAAGCACUGUAGCCAUGCAUAUACUCACCAGCCAGAUUAACUAAGGUUGGAUACCAAUCAGUCACGUGAAUAAGUCCUGUACAAUUCACUCCUUUCCUGGAGAGAAUGUCACCAUGUACGAACCCUACCCCUCUGAUUCCUCCUUCCCAUAGAGUGUCUUUUCUUCCCCUCAAGGGGUAGUCAUAUCCCCCGUUUUUAGGUACUCCACCGUUGUCAGUGCUGAAGAUCAUAAGAGUAUUCUCCCACAACCUUAAAAACAAGAUAAAUAAAAGAAUCGUUGGUUUCUGUUCACUGAAAAGAAAUAAUAGAGAGCUUUAGAUUCGAGAAGGCGGAUUACGAGUAUACGAGAUUUUCUCAAUAUUAGGUAUUGCGCGCGCGUAAACCGGCAUCACUUUGGGGGGAAAACGUGAUAGCCGUCGUCAUUCUAAGCCGGGUUUUGGCAAGAAUGUAGAAGUGGGGGAACAAGUUAUCACAUGUAAGAAGUUUCAUCAUUUUGCUAUUGGGAGAGGGAUUAACCUCCUUCAGUAUAAAUAACCGUACUAACUUUUUGGGUGAAAAAAAAAAAAGAUAAAAUGAAGCUUUCCAGGAAUUUGUCAAAUCGCGUGCAGUUCGUCCAGUACAAAGAGACUUGUUCUAUUAGGCUGACUCUGAGCUGUGGAGUCCCUCAAGGUUCUAUAUUAGGACCAUUAUUGUUUGUUUUGUAUAUCAAUGACCUCCCUUGUGCUACUCGUCUUGCUGAAACUAUGCUUUUUGCAGAUGAUACUAGUGUGUUUUAUUCUAAUCCCGAUUUAAAUUGUGCUAUUUCUGCCGUAAAUAAUGAUUUAUCUCAAAUUGAUCUUUUUAUGAAAGCAAAUAAGCUCUCUGUUAACAUAACGAAAACUAAUUAUAUCAUUUUUGCAGCAAGCAAAAACCAGUCGGCUUCCCAAUAAAUCCUGUCUUGUACGAUGAGGUUUUAUUAAAACAAGUAAAGGUAGUUAAAUUUUUAGGGGUUUUUAUCGACGAGCAUCUAACGUGGAAGCCGCAUAUUACUUAUAUAUGUAAGAAAAUUUCAAAAUCUAUUGGCGUCAUGUUUAGGUCUCGUUUCUUUCUUUCUGAAACAACAAAAAGUCUCUUUAUUAUACCUUAAUUUAUCCUUAUUUAACAUAUUGUACCACAGUUUGGUCCUCCACUUAUGUAACAAACCUUAAUAGAAUUUUUUCUUCUACAAAAGCGAGCAGUACGAAUUAUUACAAAUGCAGAUUUUCGCGCGCACUCUGAACCAUUAUUUUUCCGUUUAAAGAUUUUGGACAUAUACAACAUUAAUUCAUUCUAUACUGCACAAUUUAUGUUUUCAUAUUAUCAUCAAUUACUGCCACCGCUUUUUUUCGAACCUUUUUUUGUUACUAGUAGCAAUAUUCAUAAUUAUAAUACUAGAAGCUCCUCGCAUUUUCGUUCUCAUGCCUGCCGAACUAACACCAAACAAUUUUCUAUUUUGUUCCAAGGCCCUAAAAUUUGGAAUUCUUUACCAAACUCAGUCACUUCGAUUUUUACAUUGCAAUCGUUUAAAACGAAAGUUUUUGAUUUUCUACUAUAUCGAUAAUGCGUCUUGUACUGUCCGUUGUUGUGUGUUGUUAUAGUUCUAUUGCUUAAUAUUAUUGUAACGAGGGGGCCUCCUCGUACAAGCCUUGUGGUUUUCUGAGGUCCCCUCGCCACAUCUUUGUAUAAUGUAAUGCUUGUGUAAUCUUUAUUGUGGGAAAAUAAUAAAUAAAUAAAUAAAUAAAUAAAUUCCUUUUAAAAAACACGCGCAAAAACUUAAAGUUAAAUCUCGUACUCGCACUCGCUCUUCUACUCAAAUCUAAACCUCUCUGCUACCGAUCAUAUAUUUGCAAUUACUGGGCAGUCGCAAACUAUUUUAUAACAGACGACAACAAUUGAUCAUCGCGAGCACGACAUUUUUCGUCCUUUUAGUUCAACAGGUUCGUCGCUAACAUGACUCUGGGGAGGGGGGUGGAGUACUUCGGAGUUAAAGUGACGGGGAUGAUCGAAAAAGGCAGGUAAAUACUUCUGUGAAGUUCUUAAUCAAACGAAACAAGUGCGAAAAUAAAGGACACUUUCUGUGCAAUCAAUUUAGUGAACACGUGCCUGAUAUUUAGUAUAAUUUGACUUAACUUUUAAAGCCAUUUCCUAAUGUAGUUUUAGACUUUCUUCCGAUCAAGCUGAAGCAACUCCGUUUCGUGUAACAUGCGACUGAUUUAUCUAAAUGCCAGGUCACUUUUGCUUCCUUUAGCGUUAACAUAAAUAAAUUGGUUUAAUUCCCGGGUUAAAUUACAAUCAGCAAAGGUCAGACUUCCUGAAUCUCUUCAUGGCUUUACUGAGGUGUUAAAAGCAUUUCAAAAAAACCGUCACUCAGUAAAUGGGAAGUUGUGAGCCUGCAAAGAGACGUUCAACAUGAAAUCGCCGACAGAAAACACGCACACAAACGGAAGAAAAACACUCAUUGGCUUGUGUUCCACCUCCUGCUUCCUACUGUCUGUCGUUUGCUGUAUCGCACUGUUUCACGUGGAAUUCAGAAUACACGAGCAUCAUCGACUCAUAUCACAGUUGGAAACAUUCCGUCAAGAGAUUCAAAGAGAAGUCGCUCAAGUUCAACAAGAUUGCAAAAAAGGGACAGUAACGAAAAGCAACCAUCCCGACAUUUGGCAAAAUACAAAAGGUAGGUGAAAACGAACAGAAAGUGGAUAUAGGUGUUUUGUGAGGGGGGGGCAAACCGAGGUUUAUCCUUUUUCGAGGUUUGACUGGUAAACAUCGUCGGAGAAACCAAAAUUUUCAGUUACGUAUUGGAAUCAACUUCAUAAUACAGGGCCAUAUUUUAAGUUUUAAAGAACACGGAAAGGGAGAUAUUUUAGUGGCUCCGUGGCUCGUCAUUCGAGGUUAGCAUCUUAAAGAACGAGAGAGGUAUAUUUUAGUGGCUCGCAGACUCCGUCCCAACGAAUAUACCCAGAAAAUUGGCCCUGUAUUCUGUAGUUAUGCCAAAUGUUCUUAACCUUAUUUAGCUUUUCAAAAAACCGUGCGAGCUUGUAUGUAGUUCAUAUAUUGAAAUAUUGAAACAUUACGCUCAUUUUUCAAGGUCGCAAAGUUAUAUACAGAGAAAAACGUGAUUCAUCAGAUGCCUCUCAAAACAAAUCGGUUACAAAAGACUCCGAAGUAAAAAAGCUGAUCAAAAAAGAGCUUCGCCAGUUACAGAAAAAAAUCUGUGCCAAAGAUGAAAAGCUCUGUCUACCAGGACCAAAAGGAAACACUGGAAGACGGGGAAGAAGAGGACCCAAAGGUACACCGGGCACCAGAGGGAGAUCCGGCCCAGCGGGGACUCCCGGUAAAAAUGGACCAAUAGGACCACAGGGACCAAUGGGUAUAAACAGGAGCCCAUCAAAUGGAGUCUCCAUCUCCAUUGAUUUCUUGAGUCAACCCCUUCCCGAGUAGAGUUAUAUAUAGAACGGCUUGUUUCCCGCGAAAAGUGUCAUAUUUCCGUGAGUCUCGUAUGUCACCGUGAAAAAAAUGAAGUUGGAUGAAGUCGAACUCAGAAGCCCGUCCUUCGACCGUUUUCUUUUUUACUAUACGUCCAUUUUUACAAUUUUACAGCCGCUGGGAUCUGGGUAUCAUGAAAUAAAAGUUAAUGAAUUACCCGCUGACUGAGCAUGAAGCGAUGGGACAAAGGCAGCGAACUGAGGAUCACGGAAAGGUUAUCUUUGCGAGCGUUUUUUUUUUUUUGCCAUCAUACAUCCCACAUUUAAACAUACACCUUGAAAAGAGUCGACGAUUAAGCAUUCUGUGGAUGAUUUGGAACUUUUCGAUGAUCAGCGCCGAAAAAGUGCGAGGAUCAUUGGAUUUUUGUCAUCACCGCGGAGUGGAUUUGGCCGGUUAAGCACCGCGUGCAAAAGCGAUGACCUAAGUAACAACUAAGGAGGAAUGCUUCAGUUCCGAAAUUUGAGAAAUUGCAGUCUUCCCUUACAACUGACUUGUAUCACCGUGAGAGUUGCCUGAUAAAACUGGCACUUGAAAAGUAGAACAGAAGAGAACAGUUGCUCGACCGUAAAGCUAACUCAAAAGUAAUUUGCUAACGGAGGAAUUUGUGACAUCGCGCUCCAGUCCAAAGACCCACUUGUCUCAAGAAAAACAAAAUGGAUUGUAUCUGCGCCAAACUGGAAUUAUGACUGACUAACAGGACAAUUCUCGCAAUUAAUGUAGAAGUUUAGGCCAAUUCUUUCCUUCGAAUUCGCAUCUGUAGAUCACUUUUUUGCGAGAAAACAAUAGCUGGGCCCGGCGUUACAAAACAUAGCAGGGAAUCAUCACACUAGCUGACGGCAAAACAACCACAAGGACUACAAGUAUUUAUUCAGAAAAACGCAUUUCGGAAAAGAAAACUUGAAAAACUAGAAAUUUGAUUAAUAUUGAGUCAUUUAGCCCGAAAUAAGAACCUUAACGCUCAAAAAAUUGGCUAAAGAAAACGAAUCCUGUCAGAACUACAGACUGCAGGUAGUAGUUAAUCAUUACGUAUGUAAUAGACCAGCUUCAUGGCCUCUAAAGUGAGACAAGCAACCAAAAUUAAGAUUAACAUAGUCAGAGUUUAAAAUUCUCCACAGUAUAAUCUACCCGCUAGAAAGAAAAGAAAGAAAAUCUCUGAGAGAUGAAAACGCUAAAGUCACGUUUCACUAGCUUAUGAUUGUGUUUGGCCUGUCAACAACGAAUUUCCUGCUGUUUGAUGAAGUACAAUAGCAGUGUCAUUACGUCGUUGUGAUUGGCUCUUCCCACCGUCGGCGCGCGAAGUCUCCCCUGGGAACCGUCCUAAUUAUAAAUCUACUCGGGAAAGGGUUGACUCCAAGGGCUUGUAUGGGAGAUGGAGGCUCCAUUUGAUGGGCUCCUGGUAUAAAGGGGGAUCGCGGAUUGCCAGGUCUGCCAGGACCUCCUGGUCCCAGAGGUCCGCCCGGUGAGAAAGGCGCGCCGGGACAAUCCAUCUCAGCUCCCUCCUUGUUACAGCGUCCUGUUGAAACGACAAUCAAUGCAAGUCUGACAGCCAUCUUGAAAUGUACAGCGGCUGGAAAUCCUCCUCCCAAGGUCACAUGGUUUAAGGUGAACUCAACACUUCCUGUAGGACGUCACGUUGUAGAGUCCAGUGGCGCUCUGAUUCUUCAGGAUAUUAGACCUGAGGACGAGGGCCAGUACACUUGCAAAGCUGAAAAUUUAAUGGGAACCAUCAACGCCAGCGCACGGCUAACGGUGCAGUGUAAGUUGCAUUUCAUUCUUCAAGAUUUCAAGACGUUUUUUAUCUCUCCCUAAUACAUUUUCUGACAUGUUGUGGGAGUAUUCUAACGGACACUUACAGAUAGUCCCUUCUUGCCGUUCUUCAGUUACUUUCUCUGACUUUCAUUAUAAGAUGCACAACUCUCUAAAACAAUCGGUUAUCAAUGGUUGUGGCGGUGUGAUGCAGUAUUUUGUUUGCAAAAUAAACGUGUUUUCUACUUCUUGCCAAUUCCACCCUUUAUUGAAUUGUCAUUAAAUUACCUGAUCGUAACGUAACGUAAAUGAAACAUAAAGAAAACUAUAGUAUAAAGCUAAGUCGGGGAAAUUGAUUCAUUAGUCAUGACCUUUUUUUUAAAGAAACCAAUGAACUGUGGAGAAGUCUUAAUCAUGAGGAAACAAGUUGCUUUGGUCUUGAGGGUCAGUGUAAGUGUUCUCCUAAAAUAAACCAUUUUCCUUGGCAUUGGCUGCAUACGACUGGUGAACUACAAAAAAACUAGCAAUUUAGAAGUCUAAUUUUAAAGAAUGUUCACGUUCGCUUACUGAUAGAGGUGACCGCUGAAUAGGGGUCAAGUUUAAAACAAACAAAGGGGGCAAAUUUCGAGAAUUUGAUAAGUACUACUUUUUUGCCGGUGCACGUUGCCGUUGUGCAAAGGUGUCGUAAGAGAAGGUUCGACUAUAUUUGCAAAAAAUGCCACGAUACUAGAAUAGCAGAGAGUAUUCUGUCACCAGAUUAAAAGCGAUUUAUUCAUUUCUUGCCAGUUGGUCCCCAGAUACUAUUGUCAUCAAAUCGCCUGAUGGCUGAGCACAACCAAAACGUAACCAUCGCCUGCACUGCCACUGGUCAGCCGAAACCCAAGAUCACGUGGUCCAAGGUAGGAGGAGAUUUGCCAAAAGGAAGAAGUGAGGUAAUGAACGACGCUCUGACAAUCUAUCAAGUGACAAGAAACGACGGUGGCAUAUACACGUGUAAAGCAGAUAAUAUCCUGGGAACAGCGACAGAUAUGGCUCAGUUGAUUGUUUUCUCGCCUCUUCGGUUUAAACUUCGACCACCUCAAGAACUGACUCCUAUGGUUGGAUCAACUGUUCGCCUACCUUGUGUAGCCGAGAGUAACCUAAGACUUACCAUAACUUGGACAAAAAAUGGAUCCAUACUUCCUUUUGAAUCAAGGAUUCUUCAAAACAACACUCUAGUUCUAAAAAGCAUCAAAAUAUCACAUAAAGGAUCUUACACCUGCAGAGCGAGUAAUCCUUUGUCAACAAUGGAGACCAAAGUAAAAAUCAAUUCUCCAGUUACUCUUGCUUCCUGUUCUGUUAUCAGAAAACAAGUCAGCAGUGUAAGCGGAAAUUACGUUAUUGAUCCAGAUGGCGAGGGAGGUCUGGCACCAUUCAAUGUUUACUGUGAUAUGACAGCUAAAAAUAGAGUUGGCGUGACAGUCAUUAGUCACGACAGUGAAAGCAGAACGUCAGUGAAAGGAUAUGAAUCUCCGGGUACUUAUUUACGAGAUGUUCGUUACGCAAAAGUGAGAGUCUCAUCGCCAGAGUCUCAUCGCAUUGUGAACAGUUUAUCAAGUACGAGUGUUACGGUUCACAUUUGCUUAACAACGUUAACAACCAUAAAUAUGGAUGGUGGGUGUCACGUGAUUCUACUAAGAUGACGUACUGGGGUGGAGCAUCUGACAAUGGUAAGUGCGCAUGCGGGAUGACUAACUCGUGUGCAAACCCCAGUUAUGGCUGUAACUGUGACAAGAAUGACUAUGUAUGGCGUGAAGACAGAGGUCUCCUUCCCGACAAGACCAAGCUUCCUGUGAAACAGCUCAGGUUUGGGGAUACUGGUGACAGCGGAGAACAAGGUUACCAUACACUUGGAAAACUAAAGUGCUUUGGGACAGCAUAA